GCGAGCCGCAGGCAGUCGCGCAGCAGGCGGACGGAGGGGCGUCGGACAACGGCUUGGAGGAUGCUGCUGUGGCCCGGGAUCUGGGCUGCAGUCUGGAGGCAGCGGCAGAGCUGAGGGUCGUGUGCGGCCUUGAUAAACUGAGAUGCCUUGAAGAAGGUGAAGACCCAGAAGUCAUCCCAGAGAACACUGACCUAGUGACUUUAUGUGUUAGGAAGGGGCUCUUGGACUAUCGGGAAGAAAACAUCACGAUAGACCGCGCCUGUAGACAAGAAACGUUUGUCUAUGAAAUGGAAUCUCAUGCACUUGGGAAAAAACCUGAAAAUCCAGAAGACUUGAUUGGAGAAGGGGAGCUUAUCCUAUCUGUGAAUAUCUUGUACCCAGUUAUAUUUAAUAAGCACAGAGAACACAAACCAUACCAGACAAUGUUGGUAUUGGGCAGUCAGAAGCUCACCGAACUGAGGGACUCAAUUUGCUGUGUCAGUGACCUCCAGAUUGGUGGAGAAUUCAGCAGCACUCCAGACCAAGCCCCUGAGCACAUCAGUAAAGACCUAUACAAAUCGGCUUUUUUUUAUUUUGAGGGAACCUUUUACAAUGACAAAAGAUACCCGGAAUGCAGAGACUUAAGCAGAACUAUUAUAGAGUGGUCAGAGUCCCAUGAUCGAGGAUAUGGAAAAUUUCAGACUGCUAGAAUGGAAGAUUUCACAUUUAAUGACUUGAACAUUAAACUUGGCUUUCCUUACUUAUACUGUCACCAGGGAGACUGUGAACAUGUGGUUGUUAUUACAGACAUAAGGCUUGUACAUCAUGAUGACUGUUUGGAUAGAACACUUUAUCCCCUUCUUAUCAAGAAGCAUUGGCUAUGGACAAGGAAAUGUUUUGUUUGCAAAAUGUAUACAGCUAGAUGGGUGACAAACAACGACACCUUUGCACCAGAAGAUCCAUGUUUCUUUUGUGAUGUUUGCUUCAGAAUGCUCCAUUAUGAUUCCGAAGGCAACAAGCUGGGGGAAUUCCUUGCUUAUCCUUAUGUUGAUCCAGGAACCUUUAAUUAGUACCAAAAAAAAAAAAAAAAAAACAAAAAAAAAACCCUUUUCCCUACUAAAGUUUAGUUCAACAUAUUUUGUACUUCUUACAUAGUAUUUUUUGUUGUUGUUGUGGCUUUUUAUUUAAAUUGCUCAUGUUACUGAGAUGUUGAAUUUUUUUGGGGGGGAGGGGGAUAUUCUGAAUAUAUAAAUCUUGUUGGAAACACUA